CUCACCAAUUAUUGCCAUUAACCAAAGCGCUAAAAUGUCAUUGCAACCUUGGUGCGGCGAUCCGAGUCGCGGGCAUGCCUGUUCUGGAGUUGAUACCAUACCCUAACUCCCUCGUACCAGCCAGGUAGUUAGGUGUAUGUUCCUGAUUACCGAUAUGUCAGCGGCAAGUCACCGCAAUAAUACCUCGUAGCAAUUUACAAACAAUCUAGUGGGGAUUGCAACACCAUCUCGAAACUUGCGCAAGCCCCCUCUUCACUUUCGGCUCUGGAGCUACCAUUUCCCUUCGUGUCCUCUCCUCAUAUAUAAGCCGCAUCGAAGCCCAACUCUGUUCUCUACUAUACCGUACCUCAAAAGACCAGCUCCACAUAGCCACCCCACUACGCCCACCCUUACCAACACCAGCGAGCCGACCCUCUUCCUGAAUCUCGGACCAAAUUACAAAUCACCUCACAUAACUACCAACCCAACUCUCUUCUUUCCCCCGACAAUACCCAACAAUGGCCGAGCACAACUACAAGUUCAACGUUGCCAUGAGCUGUGGCGGUUGCUCCGGCGCUGUCGAGCGCGUGCUGAAGAAGCUCGAUGGUGUCAAAUCUUACAACGUCUCUCUUGAGUCCCAAACCGCCGAAAUCGUCGCCGACGAGUCCCUCGACUACGAGACUGUCCUCGAGAAGAUCAAGAAGACUGGCAAGGCCGUCAAGUCGGGAGAAGCUGAUGGUACCCCGAGGGACGUGUAAAGCUGUUGAAGUGGUCAAUCAGCAUUGGCGAUUGGAGGUUGUUGGAGUUCUUCUACUAGGAUACCUUUCGGGCAUGCAAUGAGCGACAGCCUGCUACAUGAGUGUUUUUUUUCUUCUUGUCAUUCUUCUUAUUCACUGGCCAUUACGGUACUUGCAAUCGCCCGUCCCCGCAAU